AUCAACAGGUGCCAUAGACGAAAGUUGUCAGGCUCACAGCUUUCGCCCAAGGACACAAACAACAUGCUGUUAAGGACCUCUUCCAACAGUAUGUGGUAUAUAACGGAGAGUCACAUCGCUCUUUUCUUUUAAGGCCAAAAUUCUUCUGCAAUGGAGUAUAUGAAUUUAUGACAAUUUUAUCAUAGCUAAGUAGAGGUCAAUUCGUGCCCGGGAUAAGUGGAGAUCCAUACAGGGAAAAGGUCACAACGGGGAACGAACUAACCGACGAACAGAGUGAAUAGUGCCCUGCACGCACGCACGGGGUGUGAAGCGUGCUCCGUUUACUUGACAACGUGUGUACUGAAUGAAAACUGUCCCGUACAUAGACAUGGAGGGUAGCGACAUGGACAGGGUUACCCCAUGGACUAGACCGGCUACUUCGAAAUAAACCACAAUAUUUCCCGAGGUUUAGGCCCUCAUUUUGCGAUCAUCUGGACCAGUACUUUGUAGCCGAGUGGUAGACAUAACACUGCCUGAACUAGGGUGGUCAGGAACUGGUUUCGUCGCAGUGAAACAGAGACUCAAAAGACAAGGAUGUAGCGAGUAAAACGUCCCCUCGACCGCCAAAAUGGUAACCGUGGGAUCUAAGAACAAAUCGGAAGUGGAUUUGGUCCAGCACAUGCUGAAAAUUGCUUUGAGUGGUGGAGGACAAAUCAAUUACCCAUCGAAACCAAGGCAACAGCAGAAGAGCAAGAGGAGCCAGGAACCGCUAGUGUCCUUACCUGGUUACCAUGACAACCACAAGAAAGGGAGCAAGAAGGACGGUCGUUACGUAACACGGAGCGUUCCGGUGCGUUCGGCAAGACAUAAAACAGACAAUGAAGAUCGUGGAAGCAACUCAGCACCUAAUGAAGUCAGUCACCGUCAUACCAACCAUGAUAGACAUCCUCGGGUGUCCAUGCCUAGACUGCCCAAGAUUAAUAAUCUACUGAAUGAACCCCUUCAGCAACAGGUUCAUGGGACCUCUACGGCCACAGAGGCGGGCAGGAAGGAACCACAAGGGGGUAAACGAUGGGCAUCUUCCUGGGCGGAUGCCAGGGCCAACUCAUCCACACUGGGAGAAAAUAGAACUGCAGCUGACAACUCACACCAACCUGUUGGUGAUUCUAACCACAAACUGGACCAGGCAAAGGACCUUAAUAAGACCCCCUCACCCAUCAAGUCAACCUCACCUAGAGUGCCAAAUGGUUCCCCAGUCAAACCUCCAAAAGAACCAGAGGACAAAGUUCCUGUCAAGGAGAACGGGGUGAAAAGAACUGAAGCUCAAGAAUCAAAACCCCCAAACAGUCAAGUUGCAAAGAGUAAAGUUGAAACAGUAAGGGAGAGUAGGUUGAGACCUGAGAGACGAACGCAAUCAACAUCUCAAAUUGAUACCAAAACCCCAAAGACUUUGUCAAGUCGAAGCAAAUCCAGUGCCGUUCUUACCAACACCCAAGAGGUGACGAGACAAAACUCGCAAAUGCUUUCAGCCUACUCAUCUUCAACUGCAUCGUCAUCGUCUCCUCGUCGUGACGUCCCUCAAGUCCGAGUGAGCACCGUCUCCCGUGGGAGCCAGAGCACCAGUACAACACUACGCAGCAAACCGCAAGCAACUCAGAAGAAGCGCUUCCGCAAGCCUGUUAUCAUCACCAGAAAGAGCGUAGUCAAGCAAAAGACGUUACAGUCGGUGUACGGGAAUAAGACAUACAAGUAUCAGAGGCAGGUGAGGGUUCUGCAGAAGAUGGAGCAGAUACAGAGAAAAGAAGUAGAGGAGUACAACCGAGAGCUGAAGGAGAAAGAGAAACAAAGAAUGGACAGCAUCGUCAGGCAGAGAAUGGCUCUCAAAGUGGUGAGAGACAAGUUUGACGAGGAGCAAGUCCGUCGUUUCCGUCGUCAGUACGUCUCCUGGAAGAGCGUCGAGGAAGACCGUCUCAACCGCACCAGCGAGACAUAUGGCCUACCGGACUUCAUCUAUGACGACCGGUACGAGAAGACACUCAAGACUCCUCCAGCAUCCAGCAAGAAAGCUCCCAAGAAGUUCCAGAAGUAUGCCACCUGGGUCCGCAACAUCAAAGUGUUUGAGAGGCUGCUGAAUCCCAAGAUUGGAGGAAAUCUGGAGGAGGUCUUCAAGACAAAUACGAAGACGAUUGUUGAAGGGAUUGACACAGUCAAAUUGGAUAAUGAUGAUUCGUCACCUGCCAAAGAAGUGAAUGUAAAACGCCUAAUUGGCUCUGCAAAGAAACUACUAACAGUAACAGCGACCAUGGAUGACAUUUCCGAGGUAUCGUCUUAUCAGGAAGAUGAACUGAGUGACGAUGACUCCCUCGACCUGAGUGAUGACGAAGAUCAAUGAUUGGCUGAAAAAUAGUUGUCAUGACAACAGAGCCCACAUGAUAAUAAUCCUAAUUCACAGAUUGGUUUAGGCCCAGCCAUCAACACAUUUCCAAUUUCACGUUAACAAAUUUGUUGUACCAUCUAUUUUCAAUACCAGCGGAAUACCUGAGUUGGGAAUUACUAUUUAAUUUGAUAAGUGAAAUGGAAAGUUUAUUAGUAUUUAACUAUUUGCCAGCAGCCAGCUAUUUUAUUGGAUCAGACAGGCAGUCAGAGGCAGAAAACUGAUACCUUGGCGUGACUUCUACCGAAUGCCAUUCUAGAAUCACGCUGAUUUCUAUUACUUCCAAGAUUCCAAUCAAGUAUAUUUGAAACAGUUGGAAGGAACUGAUCAACGAAAUUGCUUCAAGAUGGACUGAUGCAUGCAGUCAUUCUGAUAGACUUCAGUGUCCAUCAAAAAAAAAUAGAAAAUCAAUUAAAUAAUGUCACCUAAAUGUGAACCAAAAUCUUAUUCUUGGGUCAACCUGGUUAACUCAUAACACUUGUGGUUUGGGGCAAAUCUAGAAUGGGUGUAACUUUCUUAUAUUUAAUUGCAUCACACAAGGACCAGUUAUAAUGUAGGCAGAGAGGUCACUAGUGUUUGCCAAAUUUUCAGUGCUAAAAAAAUUGUGUACUUUUUAAAAAUUAUUAUCAGAUGUGUCAAAGUUAAUGACGACCCAAGUUGAAAUUUUUAUAAGGGGCCUAUGACUACAAUUCUUACUUCUUUUUUCAAAAGGCAGAAAUUUGCCCGUUCCAUCAGCUUUUUAUCAAAAAAUAUGGAAAUCACUGUUCUUUUUAUGCAUUCAAGAUUCUUAGUAAAAUAUCCUUCUAUAUACGCCAGUAUACUUUCUAUGUGUUUAAAUAUGUAUCGUGGUUUGUGUGGGCAGGGAUGGCCAAAAUGUUUGGUCAGAUCGAUAUUUCGUAACAUAUAUUUUAAACAGAAAUAAUGUGUCAACACAUUUGUUUACGUGAAUUGUGUAACUAAUGCGUGCCAACUGUUAUUAAGUGACAUGAAUAUUUAACUGUUUUACCAUAAUUAUAAAUACAAUGUACAUUUUUAUACGUACUUUUAAGGUGAAACGAUUGCCAAAUAAAUUUGUAUGUGUAUUCA